GCUCCCGGGGCGUCGCCCCGCGUGCGCCCGAGUUGCGGGGGCCGUCCAGGCGCCGGAAGUGACUCUGGCGAGUUUGCCUUCAAAUUCUUGCUUAGCCUGAGUUUCUCAGGGGGCUGGUGACGGUUGGCUUCAGCACUGCAAGGCUGGUGAGCAUAGAACAGGGUGGUUGGGGCUCUGCAGGACCCUCCUUCCUCGCCCGGAUUUCUGCUCCACCCUGCUCCUCCACCUGGCGGUGGGCGGUUUCCGAGGAGCCACGGCCUCCACAGGUUUUUGGUGCUCUUUUCAUAAAAAAGAACUUUCUUCUGCUUCUUGAGUAUCAUAUGAUGAUUAUAAGGUAAAUGAUUAAAAUCUAAAAGAAAAGAAGAAAGACUGAAUAUCUGCUGUGCGCCAGGCAUGGUUCUGGGUGCUAAAGAUUUAUCACUUACAGUUUAGCAUGAGUCUUCUUAUGAUUAAUGAGAAUGUAAAAUUGGCUCGUGAAUAUGCGUUGCUGGGAAACUACGACUCCGCGAUGGUCUAUUAUCAGGGAGUCCUUGACCAAAUGAACAAGUAUCUGUACUCCGUGAAAGAUACGUACCUCCAGCAGAAAUGGCAACAGGUUUGGCAGGAAAUAAAUGUGGAAGCAAAACAUGUUAAAGAUAUCAUGAAAACACUAGAGAGCUUUAAAUUAGACAGCACUCCACUGAAAGCUGCACAGCAUGAGCUUCCAGCUUCUGAGGGAGAAGUCUGGUCCUUGCCUGUACCUGUCGAACGAAGACCCUCACCAGGUCCUAGAAAACGCCAGUCUUCUCAAAACAGCGACCCUAAGCCACACAGUAACCGUCCCAGUACAGCCGUCAGAGUUCACCGGCCAUCGGCACACAACCUUCACAAUGACAGAGGGAAAGCUGUUCGAUGUCGGGAAAAGAAAGAGCAGAAUAAAGGAAGAGAGGAAAAGAACAAAUCACCUGCCGCAGUUACAGAACCAGAGACAAAUAAAUUUGAUAGUACUGGAUAUGAUAAGGACUUAGUAGAAGCUUUGGAAAGAGAUAUAAUUUCUCAGAAUCCUAAUGUUCGAUGGGAUGAUAUUGCUGAUUUGGUAGAAGCUAAAAAGUUGCUUAAGGAAGCAGUGGUGUUACCAAUGUGGAUGCCAGAAUUCUUUAAGGGCAUUAGGAGACCGUGGAAAGGAGUGUUGAUGGUUGGCCCACCUGGCACGGGCAAGACUCUCCUUGCUAAAGCAGUAGCUACAGAAUGCAAGACGACAUUCUUCAACGUCUCUUCAUCAACGCUGACUUCUAAGUACAGAGGAGAGUCCGAGAAGCUUGUUCGUCUUCUGUUCGAAAUGGCUCGAUUUUAUUCUCCAGCCACCAUCUUUAUCGAUGAGAUUGAUUCCAUCUGUAGCCGCAGAGGGACUUCUGAAGAGCAUGAGGCAAGCAGGAGGGUGAAAGCUGAGCUGCUGGUGCAGAUGGAUGGCGUUGGAGGUGCUUCUGAAAAUGAUGACCCUUCCAAAAUGGUUAUGGUUCUGGCAGCUACUAAUUUUCCCUGGGAUAUUGAUGAGGCUUUAAGACGACGUCUUGAAAAAAGAAUCUAUAUUCCAUUACCAUCAGCAAAAGGCAGGGAGGAGCUAUUACGAAUAAGUCUACGUGAGCUGGAAUUGGCGGAUGAUGUUGACCUUGCGAGUAUAGCAGAAAACAUGGAAGGUUAUUCAGGUGCAGACAUUACCAACGUGUGCAGGGAUGCAUCUUUGAUGGCAAUGAGAAGGCGUAUCGAAGGUUUGACCCCAGAAGAAAUCCGAAAUCUUUCAAGAGAAGAAAUGCACAUGCCUACUACUAUGGAGGAUUUUGAAAUGGCUCUAAAAAAGGUUUCUAAGUCUGUGUCUGCUGCAGACAUUGAAAGAUAUGAAAAGUGGAUAUUAGAGUUUGGAUCAUGCUAAUUCUCACAACUGUGAGAUGCCUGCCUUAAGUAUUUGAAUAAUAAUUAAAUGUAGCAUUUCAUUGCACUGAGUGCUAUAUUUUUUUAAACUUUCAUAAUGGUAAGAUUUUAAAAAGUAUGAUUCUUAUUAAAGGCAUUUUUUAAAGCUG